AUGACCCACGCCGCCUCCACUGAUGAUCUGCGCGUGUCGACGCUGUACGAAUUUUCCGGCCACGUCGCACUCGUUACUGGAGGAGCUACCGGUCUCGGUGAGAUGGCUGCACAAGCUUUUGUACAGAACGGGGCAACUGUUUUCAUUGCCUCUCGCAAAGAGAAAGAGCUCAAGGCAACGACCGAACGUCUUAACGCCUUGGGUCCUGGCAAAUGCAGCUACAUCGUCGGCGACUUGAAGAAUAAGUCAGGAUGUCUAGCAGUCUGUGACGAGCUGAAGAAGAGGACGGACCAGUUGACGGUUUUGGUCAAUAACACAGGAGCUAGUUGGGGGGACGAUUACUAUGACUACCCGGAACAUGCGUGGGAUAAGCUGUACGACCUGAAUGUCAAGAGCAUUUUUUACAUGACAGUAGAAUUGGAACCACUUCUGCGCAAGGGCGCAAAUGCAGAUAGUCCGGGAAGGGUCAUCAACAUCGCAAGUAUGGCAGGUAUUCAGACACUGGACGUCACAACAGGAGACGCUGGUGGUCUCUCAAAGCCAGGACACGGAACAUUCAGUUAUGGUCCCGCCAAGGCAGCAGCUAUCCACCUUACGAAGAUGACCGCCUCCAAACUUGCGCCCAAGAAUAUCAUGGUCAAUGUCAUCUGUCCUGGUGUCUUCCCCAGUCGUAUGACGAAUUUCGGCCUCGAGAAGUAUGGUAAAUCUCUUACCGCUGGGCAACCCACUGGCCGCAUCGGGAAGCCUAGCGACUUUGGUGGGCUGGUGUUGUUCUUGAGUUCAAAGGCGAGCGCGCACAUGACGGGCAAUGUGAUUGAAAUCGAUGGAGGAGCUACAUUGAGCGGGUGGAGAGGGACAACAAAGGGAGGCGAAGCUGGGAGCAAGUUGUGA